CGAAAUAGGUCCGACUGGCAACCGGUAACAUUAAAGCAACCCCCCCCCUCCUCAGUCGUCAUUUUUCAGUCGCGUAGAGGUAUUCUGUGGUUCGUGGGAUACUGACUGGAUUUCUUUGUGUGUGUGUGUGCGUUUUCCCUUAAAAACGAGUCUUUUCGAAGCCCGCACUAGCCGUGGUUCGGGUCGCUUCUGUGCGCCCUUACCAGCAGGCGCUGUUUGCGCACUGUGAGAGGGUAUGGGGCCCCGAGCUGCAGACAGCUGGCAGACGGAGCGCCUGCACCUCCACUGCUGAUGCCCGUGUGCUGGGCUCAGACAUGCAGAUGCGGUCUGGCUGGGUUCUCCGUCUAGACUAAAGUGUCCCUGAACUAAAAACCAGAGGAAGGAGCAUCGAAGCAUGGAUACACCAGAAAGGUGUGCCUGUGAUGCUCAGGGCUGAGGAAAAGAGCAGCUGAGGAGAAGGAGAUGGGCUGCACCUCCGCCAAGCAGGUGUCAGCCUUGCCCAACGGUGAGGAGGGCCAGAAUAAAGCCUACAGCAACGGGGACCUCCUGUCUGAUGAGUACAAGAUGAAAGGAGUGGAGAAAGUCAAGUACAUCAGUGGAGAAGAGGCAGGAGAGGACGGCCAGGAAAACACAGAAGUGAGCGCUCUCCUCGGUAAAGCUCCACACAGAGAUGAAACAGGAUCAAAUGGAAAUGGAAAGAUCCUCAGCAUCCACUCCUCAGAGAGUCAGCAGGAAUUCUUCAGGAUGUUAGAUGAAAAAAUUGAAAAGGGCCGAGAUUACUGCUCAGAGGAGGAGGAUAUGACAUAGCCCCGUGGUCACAAAUCCAUGCAUCCCAAUAUGAGAGGAACUACCCAGCAUUAUGGAUGGAGCGUAGACUGUCUGUGACCGUGUCCCAUCAUGUUUUCAUGUAUGUGCACACUUGAGAAGAAAGGAUUACUGACUUGAAACAAGCACCUUUUUUUUUUUUUUUUUUUUUUUUUGCCCCUCCUGUCCACAGCCUGCUCGUCUGAUCGACUCCAGGAAAGAUUACGACCAAAAUCAACAUCAAGGUUCACCAAAGGGUGAUACGGUUUGAAGCUAUUACAGGAUAACGGAGAUCCCGGAACACUUUUCUUUCCCUGCUGGAAUAACUCCAUAUAAAUAGCUGUCACUGAGACUUACUGUAUACAUGUGAAACACGCAGACUGCUGUCAGUGUGAAUUUCGGGCAGCAGGAACAAGCAGUGCUCUCGUGGACACUCACUCAAAUUGAAAAUAAUGCCCUGGCAUCAUUUCAUCCUUGAAAGCCUCCCCUGACAAGUCAAUGGGUUGGAAACUUCCUGCAUUCCAAGACACAGUACAAACCUCUUUUCUACAGUAUGUUUGCCACUCCAGUGUGUUUGUCUGCUCAUGUUUGUUUCUGUUCUGAUGUAGAUUAUUUAUGUUGAAUAAGGCUCAGGGUUGAAGUGUUGUAAUCUUUGUCUCACGUAGUUAAGUCUUUCCUCUCAUUAAAACACUGUUACACCAUUAAAAGACACACACACACACACACACACACACACACAGUGGUUACGGAUGUAGCCCUCUCUAGUACCUGAUUCAUAUAACCCUAAGAGGUGAACACUGCAGCAUCACGCAAGUCUCAUUAUGUAUCUGAGUCACCGGUGUUAUAUUAUUUUUGGUUUCUAUGUUUGUUUUUUGUUUUCUAGGAAAAAUAAAACAUG